AUGGGUCAUGAUAGUAAUAUUUUAUUUGAAGAAAAUUCUCAUAAACGUCAUGCAUUCAUCCCAUCAUCAGCUCGAAUCGAAUGUAAUAAACUUAUUAAUUGUACUCGAUUUGUUUUACCAUCAAGAGAAUCUAAAAUACAAAAAAACGCUAAAUUUACAUUAGCUCGAUCAGCACCAGAUUUGACACCAAUAAACAAUAAAAAAACUAAUUAUGUACAAUUAUAUAAACCAAUCUAUAUAGCUCGUUAUACAAAAACUAUUGAAGGACAAUUUGUUUAUGAUGAAGGUAAUGAAUUUGAAUUAAUUGAGGAAAUUGAUGAAGAAUAUUUACAUGUUAUUCAUUUACGUACAAAUAUUGAAUAUAAAAUACAUCAAAAAUGUUUACAACUUGAUCCUGAAACAUCAUUACGUUUAGGUAGUACUGAUCGAGGUGUUAUACAACGAUGUUUAUUUCAAUAUAACAUACCUGCACUAAUAUUGAAUCGAAGAAAUGCUGAAGAUUGGCAUUAUUUAAUAUGUGUUAAUCCAUUAAAUCAUUGUUUUUAUUUUGCACAAGAAUCAAAAUUAAAUCAUAUAUUAUUUAAAUCAUUUCAUGAACUUAUUCAUAAUGAAAAUGUUCUAAAAACUAUACCAUUAUCAAUAAAAUUACCAUUUCGAAUUGAAUUUGAAGAAGAUCUAUGGCAUAUUCCAAGACGUCAUUUAACAUUUGAAUAUUGUAUAGGUGAAGGUGAAUUUGGAGAAGUAUGA